AUGGAACAGUCCUAUGCGCACGACAACGUUGAUUUGAACCUCGACUGGGUACACGACAAGUUCGACGACACCCGCGAUGGACGCCCAUCCCAUGGCUCCAACCGAUACCAUCGCUCCGCUUCCGCCGAACGCGGUGGCCCUGCCUUGACCAAGGUACGCGUGUCAAACUUACACUACGACAUCACCGAGAGUGACCUUAAAGGACUCUUCGGCGAGAUUGGUCCCGUUAGCAACUUGGAAAUCCUUUACGACCGGGCCGGGCGCUCUGAGGGCGUGGCCUUGGUCACCUACACGUACCUCCGCGACGCAAAGAGAUCCGUUGAGGAGUUCCACAAGGCGAACGCCAAGGGCCAGCCCAUCUACCUCUCCCUUGUUCGUGACGCUCCUGAGCGCUCCAGCCGUACCUCACUCUUUGAUCGUAUUGAGCGGCCCCGCGAUGCUCGCAGCUUGAGCCCCGGGGGUGACGAUGGAGAACGCCGCAAUGCACGAGGCCGCGGCCGUCGCAGCGAUACCACCAGGCCUGCUCCUGAUCACAUUGAUCGCUACGUCCCAGGCAAUCGCUCCCCCGCCGCAACGGUGGUGCCCGCCGCGGAGGGCGUUCCGCAAUGCACGCCCCGGAAGACACAAGAAGAGCUGGAUCAGGAGAUGGAAGACUACUGGGGUGGAAAUGCUGGCGGUGACGCUGAGAAGCAACCAGAGCCGGCUGCACCCGUUGCUGCUGCUGACGCUGUCCCCGCUGUCCCCGCUACGGUUGACGAUGAUAUCGACAUGAUUGAGUGA